GUCAAAGUUGACGUGCUUUACUGUCAUGUCUUUGUUGCUUCAAUGCUAGCAAGUCCAGCGCGAAAGUGAUUGAGCACAGUCGUUUUUAAGAAAGAAAUAACAAAUUCAACUAUUUCUGUAAUAGUAAAUCCAAGAUGGAAGAAAAGCUGUAUGGAUCAGUGCCUGUCCCCUCGGAAUAUCUUCAACAGUGGAUUCAGUCAGCUCAACAGCUUCAGGCUCAGCAGGGCCAGUAUCCGGGCAUCAACCAUCACCACAGUCCUCACCCUCACUACACAGAGGAACCAAGUGAAGAGAGAGUAAUGGCACAUGCACAUAUGGCUGUCAAUGAUGAGCUCAUGGCUCAGCAAGAACCUGCCAACUUAGCGAAAGCUCCAGCGAAAAAGCGAGGGAGAACGGCACAACCAAAGGAACCCAAGCCACCCAAAAUGCCCAAGCCCCCUAAGGCCAAACCGGGCCCCAAGCCCAAGAAAGGCAAGGAGGGUCAAGAGGCUGACGGCACGCAGGAGAAGAUGGACGAGACCGUCCAGAAGGUCAGGAAGAAACGAGACCGAUUCAAGGGCAUGACGGAAGAUGAGGUCAUGAGCAGAACUCUGACUGACAUCCUUGACUACAACUUGGACUAUGUCAUUAUUGGAAUCAACCCAGGUCUGGUGGCAGCCUAUGUUGGACGAUGGUUCCCUGGCCCUGGAAACCAUUUCUGGAAGUGCCUGUUCUUGUCUGGAUUCACUGAUGAGCAGCUCAACCACAUGAGUGACACCAGCCUGCCAGCGAAAUAUAAGAUCGGUUUCACCAACAUGGUGGCAAGGACAACGCCUGGAAGCAAAGACCUUUCAACCAAAGAGCUACGUGAGGGUGCCUUAAUUCUUGUGGAAAAGCUGAAGAAGUACAAGCCUCUCAUAGCUGUUUUCAAUGGAAAAUGUAUCUAUGAAAUGUUCUGCAGAGAGAUGUUUGGAAAAAAGCCCAAGAAGCUUGACUUUGGUCUGCAGCCACACAAGAUACCUGACUGUGAAGUGGCGUUGUAUUUGAUGCCGUCGUCCAGUGCCCGCUGUGCCCAGUUCCCCCGUGCCCAGGACAAAGUGCACUUCUACAUCAAGCUGAGGGAAUUAAGGGACCAGCUCAGGGGCGUGGCCAGAACAGACGACAUUCAGGAGUUGGAGUACACCUUUGACCUGGGAUUGGCCAAGGAGGACGCCAAGAGGAUGGCGAUUAAAGAGGAGGCGUACGACCCGGGCUACGAGGCGGCCUUUGGCGGCGCAUAUGGCGAGGGUGGGCCGGGGCCUGAAGAGGGCCAGAGCAACGGCAACGGGCACUGUAACUUCUCGUCGGCGGAAAACACAGUUUCAGACGCUGUCGAGAAGGCAGACACUUCUCAACUUCCUGCCGCCGCUGCCACAGAGGGACAACUCCCGGACGGACAGUGGAUGAUGCAGUCUUUUGCUGAUCAGAUUCCAGACAUUGGGGGCUCUAAAGAGCCCCAGGCAUGGGCGGGCAAUGUAUAAGGAAGGGGAUAGGGCUACUAACUAGCCCUAUCUGGACGUACAGAGACCUCAACCCACACAUCCUUAAUCCCCUCCUUCAACAAGACACUGCACCUCAGUUUGAAGACUCAAAUUGUAGCCUUUUCAUUUUUUUGUCAAGUUGUAUUAGCCAUUUUAAGGAUUUACACGUUUAACUACUUGAUAGGUGGAAUUUUCAAAAUUGAUAAUUGAGGAUUUUUUUGAAUUCAAAUAUUUUAUCCUGUUUUGUCAUCAUGUGUGUUUUGAUUGGCGGUCUUUUUAAAUAUGUGAAAUCAGGGACUUGACAAUGAUUCUUGAUUGUCUUUGGAGAUUGUCACCUAUUUAAAUAUUUUGCUUAUUUUGUUGUCAUACUGUACUUGGCCACAGGAUGGCGCAGUAGGUGUAAGCAAAGCGGGACACUUCUGAUAUUACAAAUGGCCCUAAAUCAGACUUUUACACAUGAACAGUCAGUCCCAAAUGAACCUGUGGCAAAACACACACACUGUAUGCAACUGGAAGUCAUGCAUUGUGAAGUGUAGGAUUAGAGCACAGGUACUGAGUGAUAUGUGAACAAACUAAACAUGGUCAAAAAGUGAUUCCACAGAGAGAUGUUUUAGCAAUUUCUUCACAAGCCUUUUUAUAGUGGAUUUACAUUACUGAAGGUGGGUGCUGUUCUCUUGUUGCUUUAUGAUCCGUAUAUUAUGUUUAGUAUGUUUCUGAACAUUUUUGUUCAUUAAAGCUUAAAAUCCUUAAAA